CUUAUUAGGGUUAGAGCAGGGUUUGCUCCCGUUGACUGGAGAGAGCAUAAAUAACUAAAGAACUAAAGAAUGGCUGUGCCUAACAAGGGAGAACUUACAGCAUCUGAGAGGAAAAUUUUGCAAGUCAUUGACGCUGGUGAUGUGCAUGAAGCGGCCCAACUGCUUACGAGUGACGACGUUCGAGUCAACUGUUUGGACGAGUGUGGGAUGACGCCACUGAUGCACGCGGCCUAUAAGGGCAAAGCCGACAUGUGUCGCCUGCUGCUGCAGCAUGGGGCUGAUGUCAACUGCAACCAACAUGAGUAUGGAUACACGGCUCUAAUGUUUGCCGGCUUGUCAGGGAAGACGGACAUCACGUCUAUGAUGCUGGACGCUGGGGCCGAAACGGAUUCGGUGAAUUCUGUGGGUCGCACUGCUGCUCAGAUGGCAGCCUUUGUAGGCCAGCAUGACUGUGUGACAGUCAUCAACAACUUUUUUUCGCGAGCCAGGCUGGAGUACUACACGAGACCGCAGGGGCUAGAGAGGGAGCCCAAGCUACCGCCGGGGUUAGCAGGACCCUUGCACAAGAUCAUUAUGACAGCCAACCUCAACCCAGUCAAGAUAGUCAUGCUGGUGAGGGAGAACCCGGCUCUUGUGGACGUCGGAGCUCUGGAGAAGUGUUACCAGGUGAUGGACCUGCUGUGCGAGCAGUGUGUGAAGCAGCAAGACAUGAAUGAGGUUCUCGCCAUGAGGAUGCAUUACAUCAGCUGUGUGCUACAGAAAUGUGUGACCUUUCUACAGAAACGAGAUGACCAGUUGGACGCGCUUGUGAAGAGCCUCCUAAGGGGCAGAGACAGUGACGGCUUCCCGCAGUACCAGGAGAAAUUCAUUCGAGACUGCAUCAGGAAGUUCCCUUACUGUGAGCGCACACUGCUUCAGCAGCUGGGCAACGACCCUACUGCGUACUCAGUGCUAACUCAGGCACUGACGGGUCAGAUAGCGUUUGUGGAUGCGGACUACUGUGCUACAUGUGGAGAACGGGGAGCUGACAAGCGCUGCUCCCUCUGUAAAUCUGUGACUUACUGCAGUUUGCCAUGCCAAAAGCUCCACUGGUUCACCCACAAAAAGAUGUGCCGCGCUAUGCAGGAGCAGAAUGCAGACUUGGAAAGGGACGCCCCAAGGCUGAAAGAGCUGAAAGAUGAUGAGAGUGACCUGGUGAUGGAGACAGCCAACUUCCUUCAGGAAUUGUGUCUGCGGGCCGAGGAGACGGUGGCUGCCGCCGGCGGGUGCCCUGCUGAGCUGCUUGGAUGCCCAUCUGCACCAUCACGGGAACCAUCCAGCUCCCAGGAAUGAAGGCGGACCAUCAGAGACAUCGACAAUAUUCUUUUCCCCCACAAAUGUUUGCAGAGCCAUGUUGGAACGGAAUCCGUGGCAGGAGGGUACUGUUUGUACAUCUCAGACCAGUUUUUAUGAUUGCUAGCACUGCUUGUCUAACAUGCUGAACCCCCCCCCCCCCAAAAAAAAAAAAAUUUCAUUUGCAACCACCAGGUGAAAAGAGAUGCUUUAUAGAAUUUCAGCACAGGGUAUUCUCAACCUUUCCCUCUUGAGUGUGCUAGAGAGCCAAAUGUCAGAUACAACUAGAAAAGCUAGGAACGCCUCAUUGAGGGCUUUGGGGUAAGGUGCCACCAUUAGCAUUUCGCUAUGUUAAAGGCCUGCCCCGAUAGAAGAGAAAAUGAAUUUGUAUUGUCAUAUUCUGCACGACAUUACAAGAUAAAACUAUUAUUUUUGGCCUGAAAUGAUGGGUUCCUAUUCGCUGUGGUAUGGUUAGAGUUAGUGUAUGAAUGUUACAACGCAAUGCUUAAAUUUCAGGUCGACAAACUCAGGUCUCUUACUUGAUCCAUCGAUGUUCUGUGUGGUUGCAAGUAAUCUAUAAAAAUGUCAAUAAUAUAUUGAGACAUCUAGGCGAUUCUCCUUUUUGUAGCUGCUCUGACCAGCCACAUUAUUAGGAGAUCCAAUUUAAGAAUAUAAACAAUCUGCCUUUGCAAAGAAAUAAUAACAUGUAUAAUCGAAUAUAGUAUCAUAUUUGAAAGCAACCACAAUACUAAACACAUUAUUGAAUCUACCUAAAGCUACCUCCCAUAUCACCUUUUGAUAUGGUCAUAUUAUAUUGGAUCUAGUAGAAAAACAGGAAAACUCUGUAUUCGUCUGUAUUCAGGAAAGGACAAGGCUUUGUAACAAUGCAGAUACGACUUCAUCAUUGAGAAUUUAUGAUCAUGUUUCACACUUAAAUCUGUCAAAAGUAACAGCUGCAGCUUUAAAUUAUGUGAACUGAACAGUGUUGAUUCGUGAGCCUAUCGUGUCUGUGAAGUGCAUUUUCAUUUCAUAUUUGUUUUUUUCGUGCAAUUUGCACACGCUGGUGACUGGUUACAGGGUGUGUGUGCCUUUUGUUUUGAAUCAAAUAAAGUUUCAUGGUACAGAUUACGCAAUACACGAUCAGGAUUUUGGGGCUGAAAAAAACGAUAACCGAUCACCGAUCCGAUCACAAGAUGGAGGAAUGUGUGUAUUUAAAUGACCUGUUCAUUUACUGUAUGUACUUGUGUACUUAAUUGCUCAAAAAAAUUAUAUUUACAAUAAAUAAUGUGUGUCUUUGUUCCUCUAUUUAUGCCAGUGAGGCAUAGUGACAGACACAAAUGAAUGGUCUUCUAUUAGAUGGCAGGAAGUAAAUACAGUAAUUAAUGUAUCCACUUUUUGUGACAUGUUUGUUUGUUGGUGUGCCGUGAGAUUUUUCAAUUGUAAAAUAUGUGCCUUGGCUCCAUAAAGGUUGGAAAUCACUGAUCUAGUCACAUCGUGUAUUCUAAUCACUCAGGUCAAGCCAACAUUACAACAUGACAGAAAUAAUGGGUGCUAACUUACUGUCAUUAAAUUACUUUAUUUUUAAUUAAAUUACUUCACCCACACCGAAGCUUUAGAGCAUGAUUCGACAUAACGGCAGAAUGUUUACGUCCAACUGUUCGUGCUAGCAGGAGCUUGCUAGGCUACAUAACGUUUUGUUGCCUGCUUGCGAGCCGUAUCGUAUUAAAAGUACGUGACCAUACCUCAAGCAAGCCUUAAACGAACGUCCUCUCCUGUCCCGACCACCGGUGACCACCAACACAUGUUUUCCACCAUUUUGUUUUUAUAAUACAGUCGGCGCGAGCCACUCUUGUUGUCGUCGCCACGGUAAUGAGUGUAUCCGGUCGCAUUUGAGUUGACAAGAUAAAGCCCAAUGAUCGUAAAAAACGGGAUGCGGGUUAUCGGAAUACAAUAUUUUAUUGCAGUAGUCUGACAUAGUGCAAUCGUGAAAGAGCAAAUUUGUCUUGUAGUCUGAGCCGGGCAUUACGUGGUGUCUGUCUCAGACGUGUUGUCGGUUACACACCGCCGACAUGUUUUAUUUUUUUAUUAUAUUUUUUUUAAAUACAUUUAUUGGCCGCCAGAUAUUUACAGGUCUACGUCAAAAGACACGCGACAAGUCUAAAAAUAAACUAGCUUUCGGAUUCAAAUAUACUGUGCACGAUGGCGACGUGGAGUAAAUGUCUUUUGCAGUCAUUUAUCGGAUCGGUGAAUUAUGACAUUAAAGCCGAUCAGCCGAUCAGCAUAAAAUGCUAAUUAUCCGCCGAUACCGAUAAGGCCGAUAAAAACAGUGUAAAGUCUAUUACAGAUGUAGUAACCUUAGACAAGAUUAUUUCCGUAUAUAUACUUUUUGCGACUUUUUUGAUGGAUGGUCAGAUAUUUCUAAUGUAAAAUAUGUGCCUUGGCGCUAUAAAGGUUGGGACACACUGGGUUAAAGGAAUAAGUUGAUGUAUUAAUUUUCUAUAUGUAGUGUACUGACUAAAAUGUGUUGAACUGUAUUUGUUUGAAUUGCUGUUGUGAAAACUAGUUAAAAGUUUGUUUGGUUCUUUGUGUGGAUGGAUACUGGGGUGUCCUGAGUUCCGAGGGGUCUGUGAACAUUUCAGGGUUUUUUUUGUUUUAAUGAUUGAUUGAAGGGGUGGUGCGUCCAAUGGGAUUGGGGGAAGGAGGUGGGUCGUGGGGAGGAAGAGCGGGAGAAGAAGAGUUUUUUUUGGGGGUCUGGACCUGGUUUUCUCGACGCGAACGGAUUUACUGUUUCAACGCGAACGGAUUUUUGACUGUUUCAACGCGAACGGAUUUACUCUUUCAACGCCACGGGUCCUGCCUGCUGAACGCCACGGGUCCUGCCUGCUCAACGCCACCGGGCUGCCGCUUCGACGCUACGGGAUCCAGUCGCUGUGCCUACUCAAGCGUUUUGAGGGCGCGUUCCUACGGCAAUCGGUUUGGGUUUCUUUUCCCCAGUGUACUGAGGGUUCAACGGUUUUGUGAGUACUGCCAGUGAGGGCUACAUGUGGGGGCUCGUCCGGGAUUGUUAUUGUUCACUAGUGUAUUUGUGAGCAAAGAAAAAAAUAAAAAAUAAAUAAAAAAAACUCAAAACAAAACAUGGAGUCCGAACAAAUAAUCAAAUGGUGUGACGACAAAGGUAUUGAUGUUAAGAAUUCUAUUGUGCUUAGUGGGGUUUCUCUUGAUGUUACUGAUGAGAACAUUUAUAAGGUACUUGAUGAAGUUAAAAUUUUUGGUCGCACUAAAAUCAGAGGACGGUGUCUAACACGCACAAACAACAAUCAGUCCGUAUUAGUUGAGACCACAGAUGACAUGACUAAAACUGACUUACCUGAACAGUUGGUUGCUGGGGACCCGUCAGACUUGUGGGUAGUAAGUGUCCCUGAUUUUCAGACUUUCCAUGUGACUAGUGACAAAAGAGGUUUCCAAUUCAAGCUAGUAUCAUUC